GUAACUCCAGAGGAUGCCCCUGCAGGUAGGCCCAGUCUCCAGACACCACCACCCCCCAACCGAGUCAGGAAUAGAAACCGCCGCCUCCGGCCGCCAGCGGCCUCACUCCCUCCUCCGGCAGCGAUCGAUGCGGCCUUCAGCCGCGGGGGACUAGGCAAGGAAGAAGGAAGGAGAGGGCAGCGGGGCCGCCUGCAGCAGGAGGCUCGGCGGGGCCGGCGGGGCAGAGGCGAGAUCGAGUAUAGCCAGCGGCUCCCAGCCUCGGUGCCUUUGGGACGGACACGUGAGGCGCCCGGGAGGUGCCACCACAGGUGAUGCUGAUGCUGCUGGUCCGGGGAACACACUAUGAGAACCUCCGGUCUAAAGUGGUGCUCCCAACACCCCCAGCAGGGAGGAGCACUGAAGUCUUUGUGAGCGAGUUCCCGGCCCCCGACACCGGGAUCCGCUGGCGGCGAAGCGACGAGGCGCUGCGCGUGAACGUGGGUGGCGUGCGGCGGCAGCUGAGCGCGCGCGCCCUGGCGCGCUUCCCGGGCACGCGGCUGGGCCGGCUGCAGGCCGCGGCGUCGGAGGAGCAGGCGCGGCGCCUGUGCGACGACUACGACGAGUCGGCGCGCGAAUUCUAUUUCGACCGGCACCCGGGCUUCUUCCUGGGCCUGCUGCACUUCUACCGCACUGGCCACCUGCACGUGCUCGACGAGCUGUGCGUCUUCGCCUUUGGCCAGGAGGCCGACUACUGGGGCCUGGGCGAGAACGCGCUUGCCGCGUGCUGCCGCGCGCGCUACCUGGAGAGGCGGCUGAGCCAGCCGCACGCCUGGGACGAGGACAGCGACACGCCGAGCAGCGUGGACCCGUGCCCCGACGAGAUCUCCGACGUGCAACGAGAGCUGGCGCGCUAUGGCGCGGCGCGCUGUGGCCGCCUGCGCCGCCGCCUCUGGCUGACCAUGGAGAACCCGGGCUACUCGCUGCCGAGCAAGCUCUUCAGCUGCGUCUCCAUCAGCGUGGUGCUCGCCUCCAUCGCUGCCAUGUGCAUCCACAGCCUGCCCGAGUACCAGGCCCGCGAGGCGGCGGCCGCCGUGGCUGCGGUGGCCGCGGGCCGCAGCCCGGAAGGCGUGCGCGACGACCCGGUGCUGCGACGCCUCGAGUAUUUCUGCAUCGCCUGGUUCAGCUUCGAGGUGUCGUCGCGCCUCCUGCUGGCGCCCAGUACGCGCAACUUCUUCUGCCACCCGCUCAACCUCAUCGACAUUGUGUCUGUGCUGCCCUUCUAUCUCACGCUGCUGGCUGGUGUGGCACUGGGCGACCAGGGCGGCUCGGGCGGCAAGGAGUUCGGCCACCUGGGCAAGGUGGUGCAGGUGUUCCGCCUCAUGCGCAUCUUCCGCGUACUCAAGUUGGCGCGCCACUCCACCGGGCUGCGCUCGCUGGGAGCCACGCUCAAGCACAGCUACCGUGAGGUGGGCAUCUUGCUGCUGUACCUGGCCGUGGGUGUGUCAGUGUUCUCUGGUGUGGCCUACACAGCUGAAAAGGAGGAGGACGUGGGCUUUAACACCAUCCCAGCCUGUUGGUGGUGGGGCACAGUGAGCAUGACCACCGUGGGCUAUGGGGAUGUGGUGCCAGUGACGGUGGCUGGCAAGCUGGCAGCCUCAGGCUGCAUCCUAGGGGGCAUCCUCGUGGUAGCGCUCCCCAUCACCAUCAUCUUCAACAAGUUCUCCCACUUCUACCGGCGCCAGAAGGCUCUGGAGGCAGCCGUGCGCAACAGCAACCACCGGGAGUUUGAGGACUUGCUGAGCAGCGUUGAUGGGGUAUCGGAGGCAUCUCUGGAGACAUCCCGAGAAACCUCUCAGGAGGGACAGCCUGCAGAUCUAGAGAGCCAGGCCCCCAGUGAGCCUCCACACCCUCAGAUGUAUUAAAACCAGGGAUCCGUGACCCCCUGCCAUGCCCCUACAGUCAGCUGAGACAGCAGAGAUUCCUCCCCUGCUAAAGUUCUUCAUGGUAGUGAGCUUCUCACGAUCACUCAUGCUGUCCUGAGAAAUGAGAUUCAAAAGCUGCAUUCCUUCCUCCAAAGGCUCAGGGCAGGACAGUGCUACCCUAGAUUCUGUGAGAUUCUGCAAGCAACUCAGAAAGCUUUAUAAACCUGCCUCCAAGCCAUUCGUGAAGCAGGCAUGAGCCAGAGGGAGGAAGUUGAAAGGAUGCUAAUGAUUCCUGAGCACCUCCUGUACAUGAGCCAGGUCAUGUUUGGCCUUGUGUUGGAGAAAGAUCAUUAUCCCCACUUCACAGAUGAGGAAACUGAGGCUAAGAGAUGAGCAAGGCCUCUCCCAGAUGUCACAAUUAGAAGUGGCAGAGUCAGGUUUGGAAUCUGGGCUUGUUGGUGGGCCUGGAGCAGUGCUCCAUCAACUCCAUCUUUCUUCUGCCCUCAUAAAGUUUGCAUGUGGUUUUUGGUGAUUCAUGGAUCCCCAGAGUUGAUCCACAAGAUAAGAAAUCCCUUUCAGAGCCAGGGAAGGGUCCAGACAGGAGAUUUGGAUAUAGGAGCUCUGGAUAUCGGCUGUGGUUCCUUUCUAGGAGCAUCCAAAAGGAGUCAGCAAUCAAAGAUCAGUCCUGGAGGGAAGGAGGAUGAGUCCUGGGAGGAAGUGCCGUAGCAUUGUACUUGCCUCUUUAGCUGGUAUGCAAGAUUUGCUAAGCAAUAAUCUUCUGACCUUCCUCUCAGGGCUGAUGUGAGAGAAAGAAAAUCUGAAGGGCCCCUGGCCUGAGAUCGAGACAACCUAGCUGCUGUGUAAAGUGGUCCAAUCCCUGCACCCAAGUCCAGAUUCCAGCCCCUCUGUCAAAUGGUCAGAAUCUGUGACCCAGAGGGCAAUGAAAGCCAAGGAGAGCAGAGGGGUCUCUAACUUCAAGCCAGCUCAGCUCUGAAAUGUUGGUGGCAGAGGGCUGACAUAUAUGAAUACUGGCUUCCCAGACCCUCCCCCAACAGUCUGACCUUGGCAAUUCCUUUCUGCCCAUCACACAGACGUCCAGCCCUACCUAGAGUACCCAUCCAGGCCCAUGUGUGAGAGUCCUCUCCCUUCUGGCCAGCUCCAGCCCCCUCAUCCUUGCUGGGGGCAUAUCUCUCAUAUCCACCUGCCGAAUCUUCUCUUCACUUGCUGAGAAAGUCAGAGGAGGGGACCCAGUAGCCCUUUCCACAUACUGUGGCUACAGCACCCAGCACUGUGCUGUUGUUGUCUGACUGUGGCUAUCUCUGUCCCAUCACCCUGAGCCUCAAGAUGGAAGACAUUGUCUGCUUGAACUCUGGGCUUGGUGCAGAGCAGGUGUUUGGUAAAUGUUGAAUAGAUCAACCAAUUCCUACAGCCCACUAGGUGCCAAGCUCAGAGGGGAAAAAAAGAUAGCCAGAGAGAGAGACCUGGCCCUCAAAAAGGUGUGAACAAGACUGAAAAGGAGGUCCAUUCAGCUCCGCCUGCCCUGUCCCUGCUUGGUUCUUGAAGUUUUUACAAUAUAUUCCUUGUAGGUUCUUCACUCACUCACUCAACAAAUACCCAUUGGAAGAGUUAAACUGGGGCUUCGUGUGUGGCCUGCAGUCAUGUUUUGGCUUAGUCCAACAGUAUUUUUAUUAUAUUUUAAGAAUCUGAAUGCCUUUGCAUGAGGCAUGUACUCUCAGGUUCCCCAUAGUGUCUCCCCCGCUGCCACCCACAAACAGACACACAUGCUGUUGUGUUAUGCCCAGCCACUCUGAUUUACUGGCUUCUGACUUGUGGACUGCUUACUAGUCUCAAGAGAUACAGUGGUAGAAAAAUAUAUCCCUAUACUCAUGAAGCUUACCGACUAGUAGGGAAGAUAGACUCUAAUGCAAUAAUCACAUAAAUAUAUCAUAGUGAGCUCUACUAAGUACAGGUGUGUAUAAUGUAUCAGGGACCAUGGCCCGAGAAAGUGAGAAGGCUUUCCUGAGCAAGUGCCAAUCUAACCUGCCAUCCAAAUGAAAAAUUGCUAAUUAAGCAAAUGAGGUUCCAGGGGGGAGUACUCCAAGCAGAGAGAAUGGCAUGUGUGAAGGUGUGUGUCAUACACAGGGCCUAGUACAUAGUGGGCCCCCUACAUACGCAUGGAUUGUGGGUCUCCAGAUUGGAACAGAGGAUGGAGCUAAGCAGGAAAGGGCCUCCCUUGAAUUCACCACACACAUACCAGCCCUUCUGCACACUCUGCUCCUUACAUCUAGGCCCAGCUGAACCUAGGUUAGGGGCAGAUCAGAAGGGCUUAAUGUACCACCCUUAUGGUCUUGCGGAACACACCAAGAAACCCGAUGGCUUCCAUAUUUUCUGACCCUACAAACAGGUCCCUAAUACUGGUGUGGAGAAAGCUCAAGAGAGAAUCAUCUGGCCUGAGCCCACCAUGAGGCUGUUUGUGGUCCUGGCAGAAAAGCAACAACUCGCUCCCCUUCCCAUGUAUCAAUGAAAACCAUUAUGCAAAUAAAGAGCUGGGCCCCAG